AGCCAUCAGCCACGGCCUCUCGACAGCACCAGGAUGGAAGUCAAAGGUCAGCUGAUCAGCUCUCCCACCUUCAAUGCCUCAGCUGCCCUGUUUGGAGAAGCUGUCCCCCAGAUGAAGUCAGAGCGUCUGCGGGGGCUGCUCGACCGGCAGCGGGCCCUACAGGAGGCCCUGAGCCUGAAACUUCAGGAGCUCCGCAAAGUGUGUCUCCAGGAGGCGGAGCUGACUGGCCAGCUGCCCCCCGAGUGCCCGCUGGAGCCUGGUGAACGGCCCCAGUUGGUCCGCCGGCGGCCCCCUGCGGCCCGAGCCUACCCUCCGCUGCACCCCAACCCAGCACACCACUCCUUGUGCCCUGCUGAGGAGCUGGCUCUUGAGGCGCUGGAGCGUGAGGUGUCUGUGCAGCAGCAGAUUGCGGCCGCCGCCCGCCGCCUGGCCUUGGCCCCUGAGCUGAGCAUCGAGCAGCGCCGGCGCCGGCGCCAGGUCCAGGCAGACGCGCUGCGGAGGCUGCACGAGCUGGAGGAACAGCUUGGGGACCUCCGGGCCCGCCUUGGCCUCCCGGUGCUCCCACCGCCGCAGCCCCUACCCCUGUCCACAGGGGCAGUUAUCACGGCCCAAGGAGUCUGCCUGGGCACGCGCCUCGCUCAGCUCAGCCAAGAGGACGUAGUUCUGCACUCCGAGAGCAGCUCCCUGUCAGAGUCUGGAGCCAGCCAUGAUAAUGAGGAGCCCCGCAGCUGCUUCCCUCUGGCCGAGCGCCCCUCGCCGCCCAAAGCCUGGGACCAACUGCGGACAGUGUCGGGGGGCAGCCCUGAGCGGCGAACCCCAUGGAAACCACCGCCGUCAGAUCUUUAUGGGGAUUUGAAGAGCCGGCGGAACUCUGUGGCCAGCCCCACCAGCCCCACACGCUCGCUGCCCAGGAGUGCCUCCAGUUUUGAGGGGCGAAGUGUGCCUGCCACCCCUGUCCUCACCCGGGGCGCUGGCCCCCAGCUCUGCAAACCCGAAGGCCUCCAUUCUCGCCAGUGGUCCGGCAGCCAGGACUCCCAGAUGGGCUUCCCCCGGGCGGACCCGGCCUCCGACCGUGCCUCCCUCUUUGCAGCCCGCACCCGCCGCAGCAACAGCUCUGAAGCCCUGCUUGUGGACCGGGCGGCUGGCGGGGGAGCUGGCUCUCCGCCGGCGCCUCUGGCUCCCCCUGCCACUGGCCCCCCGGUCUGCAAGAGCAGUGAGGUGCUGUAUGAGCGCCCCCAACCAACCCCUGCCUUCUCCUCCCGCACAUCUGGCCCCCCAGACCCUCCCCGGGCUGCCCGGCCUAGCUCAGCUGCCCCUGCCUCCCGAGGGGCCCCCCGGCUCCCACCUGUGUGUGGGGACUUCCUCUUGGACUAUUCCCUGGACCGGGGCCUGCCCCGCAGUGGUGGUGGGGCAGGCUGGGGGGAGCUGCUGCCUGCGGCUGAGGUCCCGGGACCCCUCUCCCGCCGGGAUGGGCUCCUCACCAUGCUUCCAGGUCCACCACCUGUAUAUGUAGCUGACGGCAGCAGCCCCCUCCUCCGCAGCAAGGAUCCCCACACCCGUGCUACCCGCACCAAGCCCUGUGGCCUGCCCCUGGAGGCCACCGAGGGUCCAGAGGUGCAUCCCAACCCUCUGCUGUGGAUGCCCCCGCCCACCCGUAUCCCUCCGGCUGGUGAGCGCAGUGGUCAUAAGAACCUUGCCCUGGAGGGGCUGCGGGACUGGUACAUCCGCAACUCGGGACUGGCCGCCGGGCCCCAGCGCCGGCCUGUUCCCCCCCACAUGGGCCCGCAACACCCACCCUUCCUCCAUGCCCGCUGCUAUGAGGUGGGCCAGGCGCUGUAUGGGGCCCCCAGCCAGGCGCCGCUCCCGCACUCGAGGAGUUUCACGGCACCCCCUGUCUCCGGCAGAUACUACGCGGACUUCCUGUACGCUCCGGAGCUGAGCGCUCGUUUAAGUGACCUGACGCUAGAGGGGGAGCAGUCCUCCAGUUCUGACCCCCAGACCCCGGGGACACUGGUCUGA